AGAGAGAAAGAAAAGGAUUAAAGAAGAAGAAACCAUGUCAAAGAUUAACAUUCUCGUCGUUGGAGCACUUUUACUUAGCUUCAUGGUUAUAGCUUCAGUGGCUCGUCCCGACUCGACUCUCCAGAACAAAUCUAUUGAGAUGGAGAAGAAAUGUGAAACGGAGAAGUGUUUGAUGAAAUCAACUUUGGAUGCUCACCUCGAUUACAUCUAUACCCAACCAACUCCUCCUAAACCGCAUGCAGCUAACGAGAUGGAGAAGAAGUGUGAAACUGAGGAUUGUUUGAUGAAAACGACGUCGGAUGCUCACCUCGAUUACAUCUACACCCAAACAAUUCCUUCUAAACCGCAAGCACUUAAAUCCAAUCCUUAAUUAAGUAUAUACAAUCAGUAUUUCAUAUGUUAUGUUAUGUUGGGAUAUAAUAUCCUUCUCUAUGAGCUAAUGUUCUAAUAAAGACUUAAAUCAGUGAAAUAAUAUUAUGUGACAUUGGUGCACACAAAAAAAAA